GAUAUCGAUUCGCAUUUCAAUAAUUCGUUUCGUCAAUGAUCUGGAGUGUUGUUGAGGACCCUCUUCACAAUGAUAAGAUUGCAAUAUAAUCGACCAAUUUAUACUAAUGUUUAGUAGGUAUCAUUCGCCCAGUCAAUAUUUUCUAAUCCCUAGCAGCUCAAGAUCUACCUCAAUAAUAUUGAAACCAGGAAAAACAUGUUCGAAUAUUCGGUACUCAGUAUUCUAGUUGCCACCGUCCUAGGCUUCAUUGCUGGCUGUAAUUUGACCUGGACCUCUCCAGAAUUCGGCUACCUCAACUCAACAGACACCGGGCCAUUCAAUGGCACCCUCACAGACGCACAAACGUCAUGGAUAUCCGGCGUUAUGUCCUUGGGAGCCGCAUUGGGUCCUUUCAUUUUCGGCUACCUUGCCGAAAAAAUCGGAAGAAAAUGGACCAUCUUGACUGUAUCCAUGCCGUUCGUUAUUAGUUCGGUACUAUGCGCUUUUUCCAGAGUUGUAGAAGAAUUCUACGUGGCCAGAUUCAUUACUGGGAUUUCCAUUGGUGGUACCUUCACCAUUUUACCUAUGUACGUCGGCGAAAUGUCGCUAGACGAACACAGAGGUGUUCUGGGAUCUGUCAUGAACGUAUUUCUUUGUUUCGGAUUGCUUUUCACAUACGUUGUGGGAGCUUUAGUUUCUAAAGUGCUGAUAUUUAACUUAAUCCUUGCAUCACUCACCAUAGCAUUUUUCGUUCUGUUCUUGUUCAUGGGAGUGGAGACUCCCCAUUACUAUGUGAUGAAAAACAAGCAUGAUCUUGCCAAAGGGGCUCUGUUGAGAAUUCGGAAACAAAGCGAUCAGGAAACAGAAAAGGAACUGGAUCAUAUAAGAACAAUAAUUGAGGGAGAGGAACAGGGGAACUUACUGGAUAUUUUCAGGAACAAAGGUUCGGUGAAAGCGUUUAUUAUUGGUAGUGGAUUGGUGUUCUUUCAGCAAGCUUCCGGAAUAAACGCGGUGCUCUUUUUCGCACAAAACAUCUUCCAAGACGCCGGAAGCACUCUGAAAGCAAACUACUGUUCUAUGAUCAUCGGUGCCGUUCAGUUUGGUACCAGUUUCAUCACUCCACUAGUUUCGAAUCUUUUCGGACGAAAAACACUGUUGAUCCUUUCAGGAGUGGGUAUGUGUCUUUCCGAGUCAGUCCUGGGAAUCUACGACAUCCUGAAAGACAGUGAUGCUGACAAAGUCAGCUCAUUAUCGUUCCUACCCAUUAUUUCCCUGGUACUUUACAUCAUAACCUACAACGUAGGGUACGGUCCUCUACCCUGGGCAAUAGUGGCAGAGAUUUUCCCAUCCAGCAUCAGAUCGGCAGCUGGUUCUUUGGUUACUUUCAUUUGCUGGAUUACGAGUUUCUUUAUAACAAAGUGGUUCAAGGAGUUGUCCCAGGAUUUGGGACAAGGGCAAUGUUUCUUAGGGUUCGCUGUGUUUUCUCUGGUGGCUGCUGCGUUUGUACAGUUCUUUGUUAUAGAAACUAAGGGCAAGACGCUGAAAGAAAUUCAAGAUGAUCUUAACAAUUGAUUUGAGGGAGUGGAUGUGAAGCAUAAAAUACUCUGUUGGGACGUCGUGAGAUU